AUGCGCAUCAGAACCAUCGGCGAGUGGACUCAGGCUGUGAGCCAGGUGCGUUCCGCCAUUGGGGCCGCCGCGAACUGCUUCCGGGUGCGGCAGGGGCGGGCCGUGACCCGGAAGUCAAUGGCGGGGUCCGCCCCUCGAGCGGCCAGGCUAGGACCGGCCUGCGGAGUUGCAGCCCUCCUUAGCACCCUUUCCGUCGACAUCAUGCUCCAGUUCCUGCUUGGAUUUACUUUCGGCAACUUGGUUGGAAUGUAUCUGGCUCAGAACUAUGACAUGCCUAACGUGGCUAAAAAACUUGAAGAAAUUAAAAAGGACUUGGAUGCCAGGAAGAAACCCCCUAGUGUUUUGCUUCAGAAGGCUUGUUGGGCAGCUUCACUGAGAAUGCCAUUUCCGAAGACCUAGAACAUUCAGAAUCAACAAACUGGAAGAAUUAGAGUACUUUUUUUUUCGGACAGUGAUGACACUGAUUCUUUUCUAUCUGUGAUAAAAUAAAGUGAUUCGGCAACUCUUUGAAACAUAGAUAUCUGAUACAUGGAGAUAAGUUUUAUCCCUGUCAAAGUUGUCCUUGUGUGUGAGAAGAUUAGAAUCAAAUCAUGGUUUGACUUCCCCCCAGCAUUGUGGUCAUGGGCAGCCGAUUUAUUCUUUCUGAAACUCUUGCAUUAUCUGUAAGAUGUGGACAUAAUACCUACCUCAUAAGGUUUUUGUAGACAUAACUGAAAUAAUGUAUGUGAUGUGUUACCCAGUGCUUUACAAAUUAUCCAAUAAAUAGUAGAUUUUGGCUCAAACAUG